UGACAUUUGUCAUUUGGGGUUCUCUUUCAACAUGGCUCCUACCCGGAGUAUUAUUGGAUUUUUAAAUCCAAAAGCUUUAUGUGCCGUAUUUACUAGUAAUAUAUCCAAAACCUCGUGCCGGUUUGUCCACAGAUGUAAUUGCAGCCAUUUGUUAGGGACCCCAGCAGUCUCUUUCGCGGCGUUGGGUCGUAAAAAUUUCAAGUAUAUCGUAGAUGGGCCGAGACAUCGAUAUUUUCACACUACGAAUAGUUUAUACACUAGAAUUGAUUAUUAUAAAGUACUCGGCGUUUCGAAGAACGCUUCUACCAAAGAUAUUAAGAAAGCAUACUACCAAUUAGCUAAGAAGUAUCAUCCUGAUGCAAAUAAAUCUGAUCCAGAAGCUUCCAAAAAGUUCCAAGAGGUUUCUGAAGCGUAUGAGAUCCUGUCAGAUGAAAACAAACGUAAACAGUAUGACACAUACGGCACAACUUCUGAUAACAUGGGCAUGGGUGGCCCGGGAGGUAACGAAGGCUUCACACACCAAUGGCAAUACAAGUCCACCAUAGACCCUGAGGAACUGUUCCGUAAGAUAUUUGGUGAUGCUGGGUUCAAGAGCGAGUCGUUCAGUGAUUUUGCUGAAAGCCAGUUUGGUUUUGGUGCUUCUCAAGAAGUCAUAGUGAAUCUGCGAUUCACAGAAGCAGCUCGCGGUGUGAACAAGGACGUCAAUAUAAACAUUGUGGACACUUGCACCAAAUGCUUAGGGUCUAGGUGUGAGCCCGGCACCAAGUCUAUCAAGUGUACCUAUUGCAAUGGCUCUGGCAUGGAGACUUUCUCUAGAGGUCCAUUUGUGAUGCGAUCCACCUGUAGGCACUGCCAUGGAACAAGAAUGCUUAUUAAAUUUCCAUGUGCUGAGUGUGAAGGAAAAGGACAGUCGGUUCAACGCAAAAAAGUGACAGUUCCAGUUCCAGCAGGUGUGGAGGAUGGCCAGACAGUGCGCAUGUCGGUCGGGAACACCGAAGUCUUCGUCACCUUCAAGGUUGAGAGCUCAAGUUACUUCAAACGUGACGGACCGGACGUCCACACUGAUUGCACAAUCUCGAUAUCUCAAGCAUUACUGGGUGGCACUGUGAGAAUACAGGGCUUGUAUGAAGACCACACAAUACAGAUUGUCCCAGGCACGUCAUCCCAUACAACGAUCCGUCUAUCGCGGAAGGGUAUGAAGCGAGUCAGCCAGCACGGCUAUGGUGACCAUUAUGUUCACGUCAAGAUACAGGUACCAAAGUCACUAAGCGCGAAGCAGAAGGCCCUCAUCUACGCGUAUGCAGAGUUGGAGGAAGACACGCCCGGGCAAAUACACGGAGUUUCAUACGAUAGAGACGGUAAAAAAGUUUCGAUAUCAGAGCCUCAGAAUUUAGUGGACGCCGUGAAGGAGGCGCUCAAGGAGAAGAAGAAUAUAGAGGGCGCCACUACAGAUGCUCCGGAGGACGACGAUUUGAAGGAAUCUAAACGCAGCAAGGGAUAAACAUAUGUUACUAAAUCUCUACAGUUUAACAAUCAUACAGUUGGGAAACAUAAUAUACUAUAAUAUGUAUACGCAGAGUAGAUAGGACUAGGAAAAAAAAUAUACUUUAAGUAAUGUUCUAACAACGUCGGAGUUUUAGUUAUAACAAAUGUUCCCAAACUCGAUUGAGCGAUAUAUAAUUUAUCUAUAUGCAGUGUAGAUAGGCCUAGGAAAAAAUACAUUUUAAAAUAUACAAUUAAAUGUCCUACAUUAUUAUCAGAGUUGUAGUUAAAAGAAAUGAGCCCAAAUCAAUGGUUUUAACUUGGUGAGUUUAGGAAUUAGAAACAUAUAAAUGUAUGGUUCAGGGCGUAGGAGGCUGAAAAUUCAUUACUGCUCGAGUUCUAUGAGCUGUUGGCUAAGUGUAUACACGAUGUUUCCAACGGUAUGAUUGCUAAACGGUAACAUUAAUAGAUUUGCUAUGCAUUGAUAUUCUGCAAAGCGAAAUAUUUAAUAGAAAAUAUUCCAAAUACAUUAAAACCAGUUUUCAGUUUAUUUUAUUUUAAUCUGUCUUAUUUCUUCGUAGACGUUUUUUUUUAUUUUUACAAUACUGUGAUAUGGAUUAGUUGUGCAAAGAUUAAAUCAGGGUUUCUCAAUGUGGGGUACGCGAAAGGUCAAAAUUAAGGUUAAAAUAGUCCAAAAUUACUCCUAACAUUGAAUGCAUUUGCGACAAGAAACAAGCACACCCAACACAUUAAUAAUACAAAGACAUUACUUUUGGUAGGUAUUUUAUGUGUUUAUUCAAAUAAAAACCUUAUUUUUUCUUCAAUAGUCAAAUUGAUUUUUUCUUUGAGGGGAGUUAGUAAGGGGUUCGCUGUCACUUGGAAAUUUUGAGAAACCCUAGAAUUAGAUUACCUGUAGACUUAGGUAACUGGUGGUUAACAUCUUUGGAGACAAUGAUUUUCAUUGUAUAAUUUGAAUUAUUGUUAUUUUACAUUUUGUAGUAAAUGCUGUACAUAGGCCGUUGACUAGUUGGUAGGAAGUGGUAAAUAAAUAUUUCCAAAUAUG